CCGCACCGCACCGGGGCUGGACAUGGCUCUCCUGGGGCAGUGCGUGAGGCAGGCUCUGGAGCUGGGCGGCUCGGGGGGCUGGCGGAGGGGGCUUCACCGGCUCCCCGGGAUGUGGGCUGCUGGCCAGGCCCUCAGGGAGGAGGUGGAGGGGGGCAGGAGGAGACUGGCCAAGGGGGCCACCGGACCGGGAGUGCGGGAGACCCCCCUGCUGAAGGGGCUGAAGGACAUGCCGGGUCCCGGUACCCUCACCAACCUGCUGGAGUUCUUCUGGAGGGACGGGUUCAGCCGCAUCCAUGAGAUCCAGAGGAAGCACGUCAGUGAGUACGGCCAGAUCUUCAAGUCCCACUUCGGGCCCCAGUUUGUGGUCUCCAUCGCUGACCGAGACAUGAUCGCGCAGGUGCUCCGUGCGGAGAGAGAAGCCCCCCAGAGAGCCAACAUGGAGUCCUGGCACGAGUACCGAGACCUGCGGGGCAGAUCUACCGGCCUUAUAUCCGCGGAGGGGGAGAAGUGGCUCUCGAUGAGGAGCGUCCUGCGACAAAAAAUCCUCAAGCCGAGAGACGUGGCCAUCUACUCCGGAGGGAUGAACGACGUGGUCCGCGACCUCAUUAAAAGAAUUCUCAUCCUGAGAACCCAAGAGGGCGACGAGACUGUGACCAACGUCAACGACCUUUACUUCAAAUACUCCAUGGAAGCUGUCGCCACGAUCCUGUACGAGUGCCGCUUGGGAUGUCUGGACAACGAGGUCCCGAAGCAGACCCUGGAGUACAUCGAAGCCCUGGAGCUAAUGUUCAGCAUGUUCAAAACCACGAUGUACGCAGGAGCCAUUCCCAAGUGGCUGAGACCCUUCAUCCCCAAACCGUGGAGAGAGUUCUGCCGGUCGUGGGACGGACUCUUCAAGUUCAGUCAGAUACACGUCGAUAACCGGCUGAAGGAGAUCGAGUCCUCGCUCCGCUCGGGAGAAGACGUUCACGGCGGGCUUCUAACGUGUCUGCUGAGGAGUAAAGAGCUCUCCAUGGAGGAGAUCUACGCCAAUAUGACUGAGAUGCUGCUGGCCGGGGUCGACACGACCUCCUUCACGUUAUCUUGGGCGACCUACCUGCUGGCCAAAAGUCCCAAAGUCCAACAAGCCGUCUACGCGGAGAUCGUCCAGAACUUGGGGAAAGACGCGGUUCCUGUUGCAGAAGACGUCCCGAAGAUGCCGUUAGUGAGGGCCGUCUUAAAGGAAACCUUGAGGUUAUUCCCGGUGCUGCCAGGAAAUGGAAGAGUUACACAAGACGACCUGAUCCUGGGGGGAUACUUAAUUCCCAAAGGGACCCAGCUGGCUCUCUGCCAUUAUUCCACGUCCUACGAAGAUGAUUAUUUUUCGGCUCCGGAGGACUUCAGGCCGGAGCGCUGGUUGAGGCACGGAAAGUUAGACCGGGUCGAUAACUUCGGCUCCAUCCCAUUUGGAUACGGGAUCCGCAGCUGCAUCGGACGGAGGAUAGCGGAGCUGGAGAUCCAUCUGGCGCUUAUCCAGGUUCUUCAGAAGUUCGAGUUGAGGGUCUCGCCCAAGACGCAGACGGUCCACCCAAAAACUCACGGCUUGCUCUGCCCGGCCGACGCCAUCAACGUGCGUUUUGUGGACCGUAAAUAAUCCUCGUCGCCCCGAACCGACGAACUUCACGGGAUUAAAACAACAAAAAAAUGGCGAACUGGAAUUUUUGGACUAAAUGGCAAAAUCCCUCUCCAACCUUUUUUUAGACUUCUGUAGACACGAAAUGCAACGAGCUACCUGGCACUUUCCUAGUACUGUAUCGCCCAUCCCCCGCGCGCGGCAGGGGUUUGGACAACCGCCGUAUCUGAUGGUUUUUGGAUCCAUUUCUGUUAGAUUUUUGUCUUCUAGACACUUUUUUUACCGUAGGCGCGCAGGUCUAGAGGUUAAAAUGUCCGCAAAAAUCUAUUUUAAUUCAAAUUUAGAUUUUUUU